AUGGAGGAAAAGCUUCUACCGGGCGCUGGUAUCAGAAAGCGGGAGAGACAAUAUCCACGCCUUAAGACCUGGACCGUCCCAUCAAUAUGGACACUCUUCGCAUUGCUCGUUCUCUGCAAUCAUUACAACAUAUACCCCAUAUUAAAUCCCUGGAGCAGCUCAAAGCCUCUCAAAUACACAGGCGAGCACAUAACCUGGGAACCAUGCGGCGACCUGCACAACAAACCACUCGAAUGCAGCAGCAUCGAAGUCCCCCUAGACCAAUUCGCAACAGAGAAACCAAACCCAGCAACAAACCCAAAGGGCUUCAAAAUCCCACUCAUCCGGCUACGCAGCGAAAAUGCAACACAGAACCUCCUCCUAAACCCCGGCGGCCCAGGAGCCAGCGGCUUCGAGUUCCUAUACCGCCGAGGCGAGCAGCUCAAGAGCAUACUAGGCGAAGGCUUCCACCUGCUGACAUUCGAUCCACGCGGCGUGAACAGCUCAACACCCGCAGCAUCGUGUUACCCAGACGCCAAGACGCGACAAGAGCAGUCGCAUAUUCGAGCGUGGAAUGCCGCAGCCGAUAGCCCCGAGAUCUAUGCAUGGGCACAGAACUUCGCCAAAGCAUGUCCCGAGACAAUGGGCGACUAUGCGCCGUACAUCAACACACCGCAGACCGCAGCGGAUAUGAAUAGUAUCCUCGAUGCAGUGGGGCAGAAAGAUAUGAUCUACUGGGGGUUCAGCUACGGUACUCUUCUGGGACAGACGUAUGCGGGAAUCUUCCCCGAACGAUCAAAGCGCGUCGUUAUCGACGGAGUCGUGAACCAGUUCCAGUGGUACGAGGGCGUGAAUAAAUCCGACGAGGCCAUCGACACGGAUAAAGUGCUCGAUGGCUUCUUUGACGAAUGUAUGAAAGCAGAUGCUGGCAGCUGCGCGCUCGCCUCACUGGCAACGUCAAAAGAAGAGCUGCGCGAAACAGUCCUCUCGUUUAUGGAUCAGCUCCGUAACCAACCGCUCGAUGUAUACAUCAACAACACUGUCUACGGAAUCCUAACCUAUGAAAAAGUCUGGUACAACGGCGUCUUCGCAGCAUUAUACAAACCUCCACUGUGGUCGUCCCUCGCGGAUAAUCUCCACAGCCUAAUCCAAGGAAACGCAACACCGGCCUUCCUAGCCUACAACAGCGCCGGAGAAGAGAAUGACGAGUCCCGCGAAUUCAUCGAGCUGAACGACGGCCGCACAGGGCCACCCCACUGGCCCCAGGGUAAAGACGCCCUGCUCGCACAGAUCACACCCUGGCUCAAUGAGAGUCUCUUCAGUACCGUGCUUCUCGCGACAUACUACCAGAAACAGCAGUGGACGGUGCCGAGGACGCAUUCGUAUAUGCCGCGGCGAGGGGUAGAGACUGCGCAUCCGCUGUUGAUCCUGUCGACGACCUACGACCCUGUUUGUCCGCUUGUCUCGGCACACGCGGCUAAUGAGGCGUUUGCUGGAUCCCGUGUUGUGGAGGUCGAGGGGUAUGGACAUUGUUCUGUGGCUGUGGCUUCGGUUUGUGUUGCGAAGCAUUUGCGUGCGUUCUUACAUGAGGGGAAGCUUCCUGAUGCGUAUACGCAGUGCAAGGUUGAUUCUGCUUAUUUUGGUAAACCCGUUGAGCAUGGGUGGAUGACUGUCCAGGCGUUCUUUGAGGACCCCGAGGAUCAGAAGAUUCACCUUGCGCAAUUGGAGCUUAUGGCGGGGUGGGAGUUUGGUCGGCCGAUGAUGUGGUGA